CCAUUCGGGACUACUCUUUCCUUCCCGCCUAUUACCCUCUCAUUGGAAGCUAAGGGGCCAUAUGAGGACACCCCGCUGGAUUAGUUCGUUCGCUGUCUCUAGGCGUAGACCUUAAACGCCCCACCUCCCCCCCUCCUCCUUGUGCACGGUGGUUUGGUCCAACCUUCAGCUCAUUGUUGCUUGGCGCCGGGUCCAAGAUGGCGCUGUGAGGGUAGCGAGUGUGAGGAGGAGUGAGACCCUGGACCGGCGGGGAGAGGGUGUCUAGCAGUGCCGUAGUAGAAAUCCCCCUUCCUGUACAUAGCUGUCGGAUUGGGAUUAGUAUGCUCUCAGGACAUGGGCGAGAAGCUGGAACUCAGGCUCAAGUCGCCGGUGGGAGCCGAGCCUGCCAUCUAUCCGUGGCCGUUGCCUGUUUACGAUAAGCAUCAUGAUGCAGCACAUGAAAUUAUUGAAACCAUCCGGUGGGUAUGCGAAGAGAUCCCUGAUCUGAAGUUGGCCAUGGAAAACUAUGUUCUCAUUGACUAUGACACAAAAAGUUUUGAGAGCAUGCAGCGGCUGUGUGAGAAGUAUAACCGAGCCAUCGACAGCAUACAUCAGCUGUGGAAAGGUACCACUCAGCCUAUGAAGUUGAACACUCGCCCGUCCACAGGCCUCCUUCGUCACAUUUUACAGCAAGUCUACAACCACUCGGUAACUGAUCCAGAGAAGCUUAAUAACUAUGAGCCUUUCUCCCCGGAAGUGUACGGCGAAACAUCAUUUGAUCUGGUGGCCCAAAUGAUAGAUGAAAUCAAAAUGACUGAGGAUGAUCUGUUUGUUGAUCUUGGCAGUGGUGUGGGACAGGUUGUCCUUCAAGUGGCUGCUGCUACGGGAUGUAAACACCAUUAUGGAGUGGAAAAAGCAGACAUCCCGGCUAAGUAUGCUGAGGCAAUGGAUAAAGAGUUUAGAAAAUGGAUGAAAUGGUAUGGGAAAAAGCACGCAGAGUACACACUGGAACGUGGAGACUUCCUCUCAGAGGAAUGGAGGGAAAGAAUUGCCAACACAAGUGUAAUUUUUGUGAAUAAUUUUGCCUUUGGUCCUGAAGUCGAUCACCAGCUUAAGGAGAGAUUUGCCAACAUGAAGGAAGGUGGCAGAAUUGUCUCCUCCAAACCAUUUGCACCUCUCAACUUCCGUAUUAACAGCAGAAACCUGAGUGAUAUUGGCACAAUAAUGAGAGUAGUUGAACUGUCACCGCUCAAAGGCUCUGUUUCUUGGACCGGCAAGCCAGUUUCUUACUAUCUGCACACCAUUGAUCGGACUUUACUUGAAAAUUAUUUUUCCAGUCUGAAAAAUCCAAAACUCAGGGAGGAGCAAGAAACAACAAGACGGAAGAAUCAUCGGGAAGGAAAGAGCAAUACCACCACCCCUACAAAAAUUCAGGAGAUCAAGGAUUCUGGAGCAGAGGAAGAGAAGCCAGCUUCUGUGAAAAAGACUUCACCAGCCAAAGCUCGAAGAAAACUUAGCAAGAAAGGUAGGAAAAUGGCUGGUCGUAAACGUGGACGUCCUAAGAAACUGCUUCCAUCAGCUAGUGAGCGCAAGUCCUCCAAAUCCCCUACUGCACUGGAAACUGUACAUUCACAGAAUGGACUUCCCCCUCAGUCCCCAACACAGACAAACCCUCAGGAUACAUACAAGUCACCUCAGAGUCCCUAUUUUCAGCUACCUCCCAAAGUGCAGCGUCAACCUUCCAACCAGCUGUUGUCUUCACCCACACCACCAGCCCUGCAUCAGCUGCUUGAAUCCUUUAGGGUACAGUACUUGCAGCUUAUGUCUUACAUGAAGACUCCGCAGUACAAAGCUGGACUUCAGCAACUGUUAGAAAAGGAAAAGGAGAAGAAUUCUAAUCUCCUUGGUGCAGCUCAGCAGCUUCGUACCCACUGCCAAGCUCAGAAGGAGGAGAUCAAGAAGCUAUUUCAACAGAAGCUGGAUGAGUUGGGAGUCAAGGCCCUUACUUUCAGUGACUUGAUCCAGGCCCAGAAGGAGAUUUUUGCCCACAAUCUUCAAUUGAAAGAACAAAGCCGGCAGCUGGAGCUGGAAAAUGGUGAAUUGAGGAACCGUAGUUUGCUGUUGCUGAAAGCGCGUUGUGAAGAGUUAAAGCUGGACUGGAAUACACUGUCCCUGGAGAAUCUGAUGAAGGAAAAACUGGCACUAAAGAAUCUGAUUUCAGAAAAGCAAAAGCACUGUUUAGAGUUACAGAUUAGCAUAGUAGAGCUCGAGAAGUUUCAGAGGCAACAUGAAUUGCUUCAGUUGAAGUCUACCACAUUGUCAGAGGAUCCACCCCAAAAUAAUAGUCGCGCUAAGGGUAGUUUCGUUGCUCGAUACCCACCAGAGGGAUCACAGGCACGUCUACUUCCUGUUCAAUCAUCCAACAUGAAUGGCAUGAGCCCUGAACCUUUAAUUAAUGGCAAUGCUUCUCACUAUGAACUGUACCACUCAUGUCGUGGUGGAGGGAGUAGGCCUUGCUCUAAAGAAAGCACACCGUCCCGUGUUGAUCACAAUGAUAUGCAUACAUCGCGUCACAAGGGAGAAAAAACUGGCCAGUCUCAACCAGACUAUACUCGUUACUCACCCGCUAAAAUUGCUAUGCGGCGUCACCUUAAUCAGGAUCCUGUGCCUAAUUCCAGAGGCUCUGACACCACUCAUAGAAGUGAAAUGGUGAAAGAAAAUGGCUUUUUGUCUGCGAGUUCUGGAAUCCUGAAUGGCAUCCAGUUAAGUCCUCAUGAGUCACAUCCGUCAUCUCCAGAGGCUGGACAGACCUGUGUGGAAAGAGGAACUGAAAAGAUGUCUAGAGAUCGUACCUGUACUCCUAACCCCGAGACUAUCACCAGUUUGCCUAUUAGUAUUCCACUUAGCACAGUCCAACCUAACAAACUUCCAGUCAGCAUCCCUCUGGCCAGUGUUGUCUUGCCAAGUCGUGUAGAAAAGAGGAACAGUCCCAGUCCUGGUUGUCAAAGCAGGGACAGCUCAAGUAUGGAUAAUCAAUAUGGUGCUACUACAAACAUCAAUUAUGCUGCUGUCUCAAAGUCACUGGCUACCUCAGGUUUCUUUUUCCCUACCUGGUCAUCUUUGAACGGACCAGUUCUGAACAGCCAUGGAUCAGAGACAGACUGUAUGGAUGACUCUUCAAAUUCUGGCACGCUUUCAAACUCUGGAGGAUCACGGAGUUCCACUCCUUCCCACCACCAACAGAUCUCUCAGCGUUCACCUGCUCACUAUGCCAUAUCGAACAGUCCACGUGCGCAUCAAGACCCUAACAAACUUUCUGGUGAUGGAGAAAUAGACACAAGUGAUGCAGAAGUUGAAGCUAAGAGGCGUAUAAUCUUUACCAUAACCAGUGGAGGCGGAAGUUCCUCAGGAAGGUCACCGUCAAGCAAACAUAGCCCACUGACUGCCACUAUUCGCAUGGAGUGUGGCACAGGGCAAGAUCUUAGAAAAAGAGGAAACCGAAGGAAAAGAUCCUCAACAAGCAGCCACUCAUCAAUGGUUUCACCCAAGCGCAGGUCCCUUCCAGCAUCGCUUGGGCUAAGCGGAUUUACUUCAGGGUCUCCAUUGAACAUAAGCUCCAUGGUUAACAACAUUAAUCAGCCUUUGGAAAUAACUGCUAUUUCAUCUCCAGAGAAUUCUCUGAAAAGUUCCCCUGCUCCAUACCAGGAUCAUGAAUUGCCACCAGUACUGAAAAAAGAAAAACCCAUUUCUUCCACAAAUGGGGUUCAUUAUUCUCCUCUCACAACAGAGGAUGAGGCAGAAUCUGAAGAUGAAUUCCACAGUACAAGCAGGACAGAAAGGAAGAGCAUCAAUAUGUGUUUUGAGAAUACAGAUUCUCCACAGAGAAGUGAAGGAGAGAGAGGUCUUCCGUAUCACAGCAGAAAAUCCUCUUGCGAGAGUAUAAGCAAAUGGAAAUCUACCUUUUCCCCGAUCUCUGAUGUUGCUCCCAGCCGCACCCCUGACAGCUCUGCUUCACCCCCACGCUACAACACACAUUAUCCUUCUGGAGAUGGGUCCCGUCGAGGUUCUGGGGGUUUAAGCCCAGGGUCAUCUAGUAGUCUUGGUGACCAUAACAAAGUGGAAAUGGGCAAAAUACCAGAUGGAAACUUGUUCCUGAGUAAAAGGUGCACAUCCGAUGGUGGAAAGAGAGAGGAAAGGGGUCCAUCUACAAGAGUUGAUCGCUCCAAAGGUCCACGCAGUCGGGAACGGGAUGGGGAUGCCCGAGCAGGGAACAACCUAUUUAUGUCACAGGGAUCGGGGGUUCUACUGAAUCCCAAGGGACCUGGACCUAACCCCCUUCAGUCACACCACCAAUUCUUAAGCAGCCUGACAGCCGGCUCCCAACUUACACUGCAGAGUAGUCUCAAUUCAGUGGCCAGCAAUUCAGUGUUGCAUUCUCUCUUCAAUUCCGUGCCUGUACAUGGUAAUGGCCCAGCCAAUCGUCUAGCUAACUCCCAUGGCAUGGCCAGUUUUACAUCUCCUGGAGUAACCGGUGGUACAGUAGGAGGUAUUUAAAUGUCUACCUCAGUUGACUUCACCUAUGCAAAAACCGACUUUUUUUUUUCUUUUUUUUUUUUUUUUUUUUAACCUUAAAUUAAAAGGUGCUCAUCACAGUUCUCCUUUGUAGCUAUCACUGGUUAAAUACAAAAAUCACUUAAUUCUUUGCUGAGCUCAAUGCCAGGACACACACCAUUGUUCCACUGUGAAUGAAAACUCAACGAAAAUCCGGGAAAAUAACAAUUGUACUUUAUUUAUAUGAAAUAUAUAAUUUUUUUAAAAUUUCUUUUGUAAUUUUAUUUUUGUUGGUUAUGUUUUUUUUGGAGGACGUAGCUCAAGAAAUGAGCAGAAAAGCUGAAAUAAUGGCACAUGCAUUUAAGAUGAACUUGAGGGAUUUGGCAAUGUCUGUCUUCCCUCAACGCAGAUUCAACUGGUGCUAAAAUUGUGCCUCAGUUAUCCGGUGCUGAUAAUUUGCGGUGCUCUUUGAACAGUUCACACUGGGACCCUGGAUCCAUUGUGUUAAUGAAAUGUGUGCUUAAUUUAUUAUUAACUUCUAAAUCUGUAUAACCAAAGUACAUUCUGUUCUUUUCCUUUUAUGACCAGACAUAUGUCUCUGUUCAGAGAACUGAACUCCUCCAUAUUUUUAUUUUUUGUGGGUCCCCCUCACCCCUCACCCCCCCUUAAAGUUAUAUGGCAGCUAAUGUGUGAUUGUAACAAUAGGAACGAUGUAUCACAGGUUAUUAAGGCACAGUAGUGAUGCUGUAUUUUAAGUUACCAACCCUAAUAUUUAAGCAUAAAGCAAAAUGUAGUAUUUCAAGAUACUUGAUUUUUUUUUUUUUCCACCAACAUAUAACAUUUAAGCUAUAAUGCAUACAUGUGCAUAUAUUGUAAAUGUGUGUAUAUUACAUGUGUGUGUAUAAGUACAUAUUUAUAUGUAUAUAUUUAAAUAUAUGUAUAUAUUUAAAUAUCUUUAUACAGUCCAGAAUCUAGUACCCUUCCUAGUAGGACAUGUAUUUGAGGCCAAACAUAAUCUCUCUUGAACAGUCAUGGAACGUAAGGAAUUAAAGGGUUGAGCAAACUAGGACUUUGAUGCAGUAUUUACCCCCGUCACAAUCACAAAAUGGUUUAAUAUCUAUUGUACAUAAGGAGCAGAGGAGUUGGCUUCCUUGGAACAUGUGAACUAUAGGUUGUUGGCCCUCAGAAUAUAAUUUAAAGGAACACUUCUGUUAGAAAGGGGUAUUUUUUUCAACUUAAUAUUCAUAGAAUUGUUUUUAGACUUUUUUUCAAUGUCAGUACUAUGCCAUUGAAAAUUACAGAUUUUUUUUUAUAUUUUUUUUGCUGUACAAGACUUGGAUAAGCAUGUAGAGGAGGAAAAAAAAUGUAAUCAGACUUCACAUAAAACCCCUCGUCAUCAUAUGAUCUCAGAUCAAACCUUGAAAUCAGACCCCCAUCUUCAUUAGACCUUUGAUCAGACCAAAAAUAAAUGACUUGCCUCUCCUGCUCCAGACAGCAAUGCCACUCGGUAAAAGAAAUGUGCUCUUCCUACUACGCUGCACUGUGACCUGACGAUGCACAGCACUCCCUGGUCCUACUCUGCUAAUUAGUACUCUAUUUAUAAGACACACUGACAUUUUCAGAAUAUGGCAAUGCAAAUUUAUUAAAACGCAAGAAAAAUUAUAAUUGUGGCAUUGCUGUGAUUCUACUGACCCAUAGAAUGAAGGGAACCUAGCAGCUUUACCACAUAGGGAAUACUGUAGUAACAGAACCCAUAAAACUGGCAGAACUUUUCCCCAAUUUCAUCCCAUUUUGAAUUUUUUUUUUACAGCUUCCAACUACAUUGUAUGCAAUAUUAAAAUGUCUCCAUUAGAAAAACAAAAAAAACAUAGGUUAUGGCUCCAGAAAGACAGAGUAAAAAAUGAAAACCGAAAAUCACCAUGUCAGGAAGGGGUUAAGUAUCUGUAGGAAAACAACUGCAAGACAGUGUUCCAGAUGACAAGGUAGGGACUCGAGCUUCCUGGCCUGGUAGCGAGUCCUUAUGGUGCUAUGCCAUUCAGUGCAGCAAAAAAAUUGUUUCCUGACCAAUUAGCUUUGUAGUCGCGUUCCAGCCCUGUCAUUGUAGUAUGACUAUUGUGUUAAAAUUAAAUCAUUAAAGUUUUGAGGGUAGAUUUUAAGCUAUUUUCUUAACAAAUGUUGAAAUGGCCUGUAGGUUAAGACUUCCAGUACUGAUGGUGUUCAGAGCCUUGCUUUCCAAACCUGGAUCUGCUGGGGCAUAAAGAGGUUUUACUUGCCUUAAUAACCUGCUUAUGGCAACAUUCGACAACUGUUCCUUGGCUGAGUGUGAUAUAAAUAUAUACAUAUUAUAUAUAAUAAGGGUGCUUGGCAAUUUAUAUAAUAAAUUUCAAUUUGGUCUAUUUUUUUGUCUUGCAUUAGAAGGCUGUUAGAUUUAACCAGAUCUUUGUAAGAAAAUCUUAAGACUCCUUCUUGGUUAGUAAUUAUUUUGAUACUUGCCCGUAUGCCUUGUAAAAUGUUUUCCCAUCUUUUUUCAAAACUGUUUACCUUCCUUUUUUGUAGAUUGUUGCUUUUGACAUUUUGAAGAGUGAUAUUAAAAAAAAAAAAGAAAAGAAAAAAAAAUCUUCCACCACAAACGUAUUUUUAUCUGUUUUGUGUCUUUAGAAAAAGCUGUACAUGAAUUUCAUCCAGAAUACAACUGAUUUUUUAAUUUAUGAAAGUGUAUAAAAAAUAAAAUAUUAUCUAAAUUUC